AUGUCACGCAAAUUGAAAUACAUUGCUAUUCUUUUCUGCGCAACAAUUCUCCUUCUGUCGUACUCGUCAACUCUAAAUGUUUCUGCGGAACCUCUACCACUCUUUGACCGUCGUCAAGGUGGUGGCGGUGAAAGUGGUUCUUCUUCCAACAGCGGCGCUGCCACGGGUGGCACUACUAACCCUACCGGCGUUACCGGCACUGAUACUGGCGCUACCACGGGUACUGGUACCGGCACUACUAACCCUACCGGCGUUACUGGCACUGAUACCGGCGCUACUAGCCCUACCAGCGUUGCCGGCACUAAUACUGGCGCUACCACGGGUACCGGCACUGAUACCGGCGCUACUAGCCCUACCAGCGCUGCUGCACCUUCCGUCUCUUCCAGUUCAUCUUCUGGCACGACAGGAUCGUCAGCGUCAAUUGCUGUGUCACUAGGGAUCGGGUCUGUUAUGGUGCCAGUUUUUGCUGUUCUUGUGCAGCAGUUUAUGUUGUAG